AGUAUAGCAUGUAAUAAACAGUUCCUUCAUGUUUACUUAUCAUCUAACACCAAUGGCUAACUUUAUGAACUUAGCCUUCACAUUUCUUAUGCAUGCUCUUCUACCUUCAUUGAUCAGUAUUAUUGUGUUAUUAGUACUACAUUGUAGGAAGAAAUUCCGAUGGUUGUACAACAACGACGGCGACGACGAAAUUGUGCCUCCAGGGGAGCUAGGACUCCCCUGGAUCGGCGAGACAAUUGAGUUCUACAAAGCCUUGCAGAAGAACAGGUUGUUCGAGGAUUUCAUUGCUCCAAGGAUACAAAAACACGGCAAGACCUUCAAGACAAGGCUGAUUGGGUGCCCAACGAUUGUGGUAAAUGGAGCCGAAGCUAAUCGAUUCUUCCUAUCGAACGAGUUCAAGCUUGUGGUUAGCUCUUGGCCUUCUUCUUCAGUUCAAUUGAUGGGAAAAAACUCUAUCAUGGAGAAGACUGGAGAAAAACAUCGGCUAAUUCGAUCAAUCUUGGCUCCAUGUCUUGGAAACGCAGGUCUAGAAGCUUUGGUUCCUAAGGUUUGUGAGGUGAUCAAGGCUCAUUUGCUCAAGAAUUGGGGUGGUAACAACAAUAGUAUUAUCAAUGAAGAAGAAGAAAAGAUCAUUCCCUUGUAUAAAACCGCGAAAUUCUUGACUUUCAAAGUGAUUUGUGAGUGUUUGUUGGAGAUGGAAGCGAAAGAGGAGUUGUUCGAGUGCUUCGAGAGGGUACUAGAAGGCGUUUUCGCCCCGCUUGUGAACGUACCAGGAACGAGUUUUUGGAGGGCUAAGCGAGCCAGGGCGAAGAUUGAGAAGGUGUUGGUUAAUGUGGUGAGGAAUAAGAGGAAAGAUAUGGAGGAAAAACAACAAGAAUUAGGAGAUGAAAGUGAAAGUGAAACAUUGUCGUCAUUGUUGUCGAGGCUUGUUGGUGCGUUGAUUAGAGGUGAAAUUACUGAGGUUGAAGUGGUUGAUAAUGUGGUUUUGCUCAUCUUUGCAGCUCAUGAUACUACUUCUUUUGCCGUUGCUAUGACAUUUAAGAUGUUAGCUCAUAACCCGCAUUGCUACUCUUUGUUGCUUCAAGAACAUAACGACAUUAAAGCUAACAAAACAAAGGAAGCAGAGAAUCUGACAAUGGAGGAUGUUAUGAGGAUGAAAUAUACAUGGCAAGUAGCUCGUGAAAGUAUAAGACUUUGUCCUCCAAUUUUUGGGUCAUUUAGAAGAGCCAUAUGUGAUAUCAAGUUUGAUGGGUUCACCAUUCCUAAAGGAUGGAAGGUGUUAUGGACAGCUUAUGGGACACAUUUGAGUGAAGAGUAUUUCAGAGACCCCAUGAGAUUUGAUCCAAGCAGAUUUGAAGAGCCCAUAUCACCAUAUGUAUAUGUUGCAUUUGGAGGGGGGCCAAGGGUGUGUGUUGGCUACCAGUUGGCUAAGCUCAAUAUCCUCAUCUUCGUGCAUUUGGUUGUCACUUAUUAUAAUUGGUCAUUGGUUCAACCAAAUGAACCCAUUGUUAUGGAUCCUCUUCCAUUCCCUUCACAAGGGAUGCCCAUCAAAAUUUCUCCUAAAACUUGCUAACAUGAUUAAAUUAAUUGGGAAAUUUAAUUCUUUUAUUUUUGUUUAUAUGACCUCACGAAAAGAUAUAUAUUUCUUCCGUUAUGAAAUAAAUGAAACACUUUUCUUUUUUAUAUAAGAUUUUUUUGAUAACUGUUUCACU